AUGUUAUGAACCAAUUAAUUUAAAAUGGCGGCAAAGUUUCUGAGACAAAGUUCGGUGCCUGACAAACUCGAAGAAAAGCGGUCAGCAGUGUUAGAUUUCAUAGAACACCAAAAAGGCCUUGAUCGUAAAGUUGUUUUAGUUACAAGCGGUGGUACUACGGUCCCUCUAGAGAGUAAAACUGUCAGAUUCAUUGAUAACUUUAGCGUGGGAUCUAGAGGUGCCUCUUCUACCGAAUAUUUCCUUAAGGAAGGAUAUGCAGUUAUAUUUCUCCACAGAAACAGAUCUUUGAAGCCAUUUUUACGUCAUUUCUCAGGGUACAAUUUUCUCGACUUAUUACAGCUAGACAAUGACAAUCCAAACUCCGACGUGAAAGUCAAACCAGAAUACCAGGAGAGACUUGUGUGUGUUUUACGUGACUAUCAACAAGUCCAGAAGGAAGGCACGCUGCUGAUGGUGGAAUUCCAGACCCUGUCUGAUUAUUUACACCUGCUACAGGUGUGUUCUACCUGUCUGCAGAGUCUGGGGAGGUCAGCAAUGUUAUACCUGGCGGCCGCUGUGGCAGACUUCUAUAUCCCCAAAGAUCAAAUGCCAGAACAUAAAAUCCAGUCCUCAGAUGGUCCUUUACAGCUCUCCCUUCAACUCGUGCCAAAGAUGUUGGAGCCCUUGGUGAAGGAGUGGGUACCCCAGGCCUAUGUUGUGUCAUUUAAGCUUGAAACAAACAAGGAUAUUUUGGUUUCCAAAUCUCUUCAGGCCCUAGAAAAAUAUCAGCAUCAGUUGGUGGUGGCCAAUCUAUUGGACACGAGGAAGAAGGAGGUCAAACUGGUUACCAGGGAUACCUGUCUGGACAUUACCAUGACAACCCAUGAACUCUCUCAAGGUCAAGAGAUUGAGGAAAAAAUUGUGAAGGAACUUAAAAGUCUCCAUUCAGCAUUCUGUUCCCAUGAUGAACAGACUUGAUGAGAACAUUAAAUAGAGGAUUAGGAGCUUAUUUAUUUCUAUCGGUUGUAUAGUAUGAAUGUUAAUCUCAUUUGUUUUAGCUGGACUGAGCUUUUUUUAAGAUUGGAGUUCUGUGAUACUUCUGUAUGACGUAAGUUCAAUAUAAUUUCAAUACAAUUGAGACUAAAUUCCAAGACAAUUUUAUAGGCUCAAUUAUUGUUAUCGUAAUAUUACGUUAGAAAUAAUAAUUUCUUAGAAUGUUGCAUUUUUAACCAGUAUUGCUCACAUGUUCAGUUGUACAUCAUAUGUUAUGGAGCAUUCCGCUUUAUACUGCAACAUUUAUCUCAGUUACAUGUAAAUCUAAUGAAUAUUAUAAAUUUGUGAACAGAAAUACCAUUAAUGAACAAACUUGUCUGUUUAGUUUAUAUUGUAUGAAAUAAUUAAUGAGCAAACCUGUCUGUAGAGUUUACAUUGUAUGAAAUACCAUUAAUGAACAAACUUGUCUGUAAAGUUUAUAUUCUACUGAAAUAGUUAAUGAGCAAACCUGGAAGAGUGUCUGAAAAAGUGGUACUUUUCUUGUACUGACAUACAUGUCAAGACAAACUAGGUUUACAUCAGUAUUAAAAUACAAAGCAGUUAACAAGAUAAGGUUUUUAUGUUUUACUUCAUAUUUUGUUUGUAUUUUGAUAUAUACAUGUACAUGUAUAUUGUUUAUUAAGAUGUCUUUACAAAAGAAAAGCUAUGAAAUCUUU